UUCGAUCUGGUACAACAAAGUUACAAAAUGAAGGUUAGUCUACCAAAAUUAUCUCCACCGCCACCACUUUGCUGUAAAAUGUCGUUACAAUUCCCAAGUUUAAAGGGAUCUUGUUUAUCUUUUAUUUAGUCAAAUACCAAUCGGGGACUCUGUGGAGAAACUCUGGUAACAGCAACCUUAUGUAAGUAUUUUAAGUUUAUAAAAACAAAAUAAAUAGGCUACUGCAUUUUACAUCCUUAACGCCCGGUUGAGGACCAAUGGAAUUCUUCAGGGGCAAGUUUAAAAAAAUGAGGAUUUGUUUAGGGGUAGAGUAAAAAACAACUAUUUCUUUGGCAGGGGGGUGGUGGGGGGGUGAAGCUUUAAAUUCCACAAAAUUUUUCAUAGUAGACCCGUAUUUUUCAGGGAGGAAGACCCAUAUUUUAUGGAAGUCUUCCAGGGUGAAUGCAAUUUUGUUUGAUCCAUAAGGGUAAGAAGAAAGAGCAAGAGUUCAACCAGGCGUGGCGGGGCGGGGGGGGGGAUUGGGGAGGAAGUUACAGAUGUUAAAUGCAAAUGACAAAACAGUGUGAGGCUCUAAGACCCUUCCACAAUUUUUUCAACAUUUGACUGGGACUGGUCAAAAAAACCCAUUGACAUGGCUGGAAAGGAUGCCUUAAAAAUGGUAAAGUUGCCAAGAUUGAAAGUGAUUUGUUGAAAACUAACAAAGAUAUAGCUUUGAAAAUCUCUGAAUUUUACGAAUGUUUCUAUGGUAGUGGGACACAAACCUGCCUCCUUGCUUACAAACCUCUGUAAACUUUUGCAACUUUGUAUCUGAGCGAUACCUUCGCCCGCAUUAGACGUAUGACCUUGAAACUUGCUAAGUUUGCUUAUCUUCCAACAAUGUUGAUGGAUAUUAGUGAGUUUAUGCAACAGGAUGGCAGAAAGAAGAGGACGGCAAAGUGCAUGUGUGUGACAAACUUGACAAGCUAUUGCUUGCGUGUUUUGUUGUGAUUCACUUUAAUGUUUUCUGGUCUUUUACAAAAAGAUCUGUUUAAAGGAGGGUGAAGUUUGGCGAAAAAUUUUGCCAUCUUCUUUCCUCUCCCGCCCUGUUGCGUAAGCUCACUAUUAUUACUAGUCUUCAUCACAACUUGAAAAAAAAAACAUGGAAGGAUCUAUGAACUCAAACCUCAAGAGUUUUUUCACCAACACUUGAAUUCUGAAAUUUAAGAACUACCCAAUACCAUUUUUGGUCCAAGAGGGGAGAAUGAUUGAGAAUGGGGCUAAGCAAUUCACUCCUGAAAUAUUGUAGGAUUUUGUCGAUCACCAAUCGCUACUUACAUGUACAAGACACUUAUUUCAAGACACUCAAACCAUAAACCUUUAAAGUAGUAUUUUUUCUAAGACAAGGAUUAUUUAGAAAACAAAAUCCCCCAAAAUAAGUCACUUUUUUCACCUACAUGAUAAACCUCUCGGGCACCAUGUAAUUACCACAUCCAUCAAAAGCUGAGAAAUCCAAGCAUACCCUGUCAUAAAGAGAAGAGUCCUUUCAAACUGAAAAUUUUUAUAAAAUAUAAGUUUUUAGCUGCUCUUUAAUACAUUUCAUGAAAAUUAAAGUUCAGGGCCCAGUUCCUGAAAGGUCGAUUAGCGCUAAUCCAGGAUUAAAAUUUUGUUCCGUUUUUGUAAUUUAACUUCCUACGUAUUGCUUAGAGUAAUCUUUUGAGUUAUCAUUGCUGUAUCUCGGGGUAAAGGCUCAACAGUAGAGAAGAAAACCUUCCUUAAAACUAAGCUUAAUCCAGGGUUAAACGUAACCAUCUUUCGAGGAACCGGGCACAGGAGGAUAGAUACAGUAAAUCUUUAGUUUGAAUUCUGAUGAUGUCAUGUGAAUGCCAGUAGUUAGGUCUGAUUUUUCUUUCUACAUGACACAAUACCAUGCUAGGAAUAAUUUUGGUGUCCAUGGUUUUCAACCUCCAUAUGGUAACAGUGCUGUAUGGUGAUAUGAUAUCAUAUUUAUGUUACUGGUCAAAAUUAUAUUCAGGGUAAAUUUUUCAAACCUAGGUUGAUUCUCUAUUUCCUUUGUCUCCUAACCGUAAUUAUUCAUGAAUUAGGGCUGGGAGACAAAGGAAAUAUAUAGAGAAUCACCCUAGGUUAAAAAAUUUUAACGCAAAUUUAUUUUAUUUUGACCUGUAACAUACACAUUAUAUAAUCAGGUUGCAGAGCUGGACAGAUGGGAAAUAUCUUCACACAUCUUCCUUUCUCUGUGAGUAUUUCUAUAGCUGAAUUAUAUUUUUGCAAUGACAAACACACUAUCACAAUGAAGAUGGAGGUUCUAGAAGAGUGUGUGGUUUUAGAAAAUGUCCUUACCCCCAUAAUGAGAGGGAUUUUUUCCAUGGGCCUUCCCCAAUUCAUCAUCUUAUAAUGUCUGGUUAGAAAAGUAAUAAUUAUUUGCUGGCAAGGAAUGCAACAGUGGUCAAAUAUUAGUUUUUACCUUAUUGGUCAAAGAACAUUUUCGUAAUUUUUGGGUGUCCAGUUGUUUUAAAACUCUGUUUCAAUGAGCUAAGUCACUACUACUCUCCUGUAACCUUAUUCUCCCCACAAGUGCAGUUGUAGCUCUUAUUGUCAGGAUCAUAUCUCAGCUUCAAGAUCAGCCUUUGUGACAAAUCACAUUGAAACUCCCAGAAGUUAUAGCUGUAAUAUUGCUAGGUAUAAUGUAGGGCUACACUCUAGCUCUGCAGAGUUUUAAUAAUAAUUAUUAAUUUGUCUGAAGGGCACUGACAGUUUAUAACAGCAAGCAACCACAUCCUGGAAGAAAGAAAUUUUGAUUCCAUUGAAAGACAAUGAUUAGUAUCUCAUUUGUGCAAUUGCAUCUGAUUAUUCUCAUUGCUGAAAUCUUAUGCUCAAUGUAUGUUCCCCUAAUGAAGUGACAAGGUGUUUAAUGACAGUUGUUUUCUCUUUCUUUUUUUAGCUUCUGAUGAUUAUGUCAUAGUGAGCACCCCACCAUUUGCUGAGUCAGUGACUGAAGGAGAUGUUAGAUGGGAUAAAGGUAAGUAAGCUUAGACCAUUUCACAAUGUUUGGUUGUGCUUCUUGUAAAGUAAAAAAAUAGAGAGUUGUUUGCUCCCAUUAUCAUUUUACAUCUAUUUUUGCAGGUAUUAACAGUAACCACAAGAACUUUAUUUAACAGCGCUUCAAAAUUGACAUUUGUCUGGAGGGCUUGAAAUUAAAAAAAAAAACUUAAAAUGGCCAAUUAAGAGGAGGCAGCAUAGCUGAGUGUACCUCUACAGUGUAGAACAUUGGAUAUGCAAUCUGGAGGGCCCAAUAGCUAACUGGUUUGCCUCAAGCCAGUUAGGAUUCUUAACCUUGUGGUGUUUGUUUCAUUUGUUUUAGCCAUUUACUCAGCUUCACUAAACUUUGUCCUAUAAAUACUGCUGAGGAUGAUUAAAUGAAUUUUAUCAUCAUUAUAAUUAUUAUUGUUAUUUGUGAUUUUGGUGUGAUUCUCUUCAAUUCUCUGGUACAGUGGAAUCCUAUUCAUGUGACCACCUUUGGGCCAUAAAAAUAAUAUUUGAGGUUGUCGCACUAACGGUGUCUUCAAAACAAUAAAAUGACGAAGUGAUUUUUACAUUUGGGCCAAAAGAAUAUAUGGUCAUAAUAGCAAGGUGGUCAUAAGGCGGGGUUCCACUCUAUUUUCUGGGCAUUCUCAGCCAUGUCUCAGCAGCUUCCCGCACCUAAGAGACACAACACUUUCUACAAGAUAUGAGUGGUACCAAGGAUGGCUGACGACUAUGCACUUCCAAAAAUGUCAGGCAGACUCAACCUCCCUUACCACACCUUUGCAUUCUUCAAGAUAGUUUAAAGUGCAUUUUUUGUUAUUAUUCUUAUUAUUAUUAUUAUUAUUAUUAUUAUUAUUAUUAUUUAUCCAAUGACACUGGUUAAAAUUUCAAAUGCAGAAAGCAAAGUAAAGGCUUAACUCGGGACUACCAAGAAACAAAUCCAACUGGUAAUCACGGUUGGACUUGAAACCCAGUAGACUUUCAGAUUGCAAGGCUGGUGCUCUUACCACACAUCCAGGCUGCCUCCUUUGAUUUGGGCAUUAAAUGGAAAAAUUCUGUCAUGAAAAUACCCUGCCCUAAUUUAUUUAUGUAAAGUUCUAUUGUUAACUUUUUUUAGCCCAAGGAGAUGUAGUAGCUGAAGAUGAAGUUGUUGGAGAAAUUGAAACUGACAAGGUAACAAAACUGUGCAUCCCAUGAUCAAUCUGGUAUCUUGUUGUUUCUUAGACGAGAAACUUUAUUUCACAGAGCAAUUUUCUCUCUUGACCUACAGUGUAAGUGCAUUGUUGUUCUGUUGUAAAUUGGACAAUUUUUGCAAUAUUAAAUUUAAAUGCAUACCCAGGGGUGUCAGUAAGGGCUGGAUUUGCCAUGGUUGCAAUGAUCAUGACCCUGGCUACUUUUGUAAGGAACAAAUGGAAAAAAGAACCAAAACAACUUCCUAGCUUCUAAAGUCAUACAUGUGUAUACCCAGGUACUAUCGACACCGCACAAAAUAGGAACGUAAUUCAACACGUUAGCCCUGGAUAACACCCAAAGCAAACACUGGGUGCCAAAUCCUAGGAAACAGGAGCUUAAAAAAUCAGCUUUUUCAGUGAGGCAUUUAUUAGCAAAUUGAAUAAAGUGUAUUACAUGUUGAUUAAAUGUUCUGGGUCAAGUCAGGUGAAUCUCUUUUGCUAUCAGUUAACCAUGUAACUCAGUAUAACCUGCCUUGUGGGUCAGGUCGUUUGCAAUUUAACCAGCAACCCCACUUACCACUAGGCUUUGGCCUAGUUGAAGAGGAUAAAACUGGGCAUCUUGGAAGAAGGAAAUCCAAGAUCUGUCUCAAGGUCUGUGGUGGACCACUCCCAGUUAGGUGACCUGUGGCAUCACCUAAGGGCAGAGAUAAACAGAACCAUCCACCCUCCAGCUGCCACAGCAUGGCAUAAAUAACAGCAUGUCUUGGCCUGUCCUUGCCCAACAUUUUUGCCUUGCUUAGUGAGUGACCCUUGUAAAUUGCAAAAGCUACUCUUGCGAAAAUCCUUUUGCAUGCAAGGUAGCAGUUGCACAGAAAAUGGACUCCCAUACUGGCUCAAACAGUGCCCGGGCUAACAAGGUUCACAUUAGCAUGCUCCCAUUUUGCCGGCCAGUGAAAUGUAAACUUGGAGAAAACAGGAUGUCCCUGAAAUUACAGGAAAUUGAAAGACAUUGAUCUCAACUGUUGGUAGGACAGUGCCAAUGACAGACCUACAGUAUUAUAAGGACUAUAAAACACAUUAGGACUAUAAAACAUUUGAAUCAACUGACUGCAAAUGAGGAUAAUGAAUUAGAUGUACCAUGCAUGAUCAUGAAUUUGUGGGAAACAAAGUAUCUAACCUCUCUAUUGUCAGUUUACAUAUAGAAAUUCAGUAUUGGCCUGUAAUACUUUUAAAUGGAUUAUGAUAGUAAGACUGUUUGUUCAAUAUAAUUUAUAUGCUAUUCCAUAACCUUGAUUUUAGACAAGCAUUCCUGUGACUGCCCCAGCAAAUGGGGUCAUCCAAGAGUUUUUUGUCAAUGAUGGUGAUAAAGUGGAGAAAGGCCAGCAGCUGUUCAAACUUGUUCUAACUGGUAGGAUUAUUGUUUUCAUUUCUCUGAAAGUGUAGAGGCAUGGUUGUCUAGAUAAUACAUGUAGCAAUACUCAUGCUGACGUCACCCACUGAUUUUAAUAUGCCAACUAGCGCACAUUGGUUCUUGGAACAAAAGAUUCUACUGUUUCUCUCAUUACAAAUUUGAAAGGCAAAAACAAUGACGUUUGUAAACAGUGUUGUCUCUGUAUUGUGCAUUAUUAAACUUCAUGUUAAUUAACUCAGCCAUUCCAUCUGGUUUUCUCUUCAGACAAGGACCUUUGGCCCAGCUCAAACCUGAGACUUUUUUUACCGAACCUAAUCCCUUCAAUUAAGUACAUGAAAAAAAAAUUGACCUUCGAAUCAAUUAAAACCUUCAUGUCUAAUUUAGGGUGACUCAUGGAUUAAGUUCAAGUGGCCCACAUAGGAAUUUUGACUGUGGAGUGAUUUUGUUUCAAACGUCACACUUUUCAUGUGCCAAAUCUAAUGCAUAAAUUACUAUAGUUUAUUUUUACAGGUAAGCAUUCUGGUUCAUUGUACAUUGUGAACCUGAAUUGAGUCCAACUUAUCAUGUUUGACGUUUGAAUCGACCAUGGAACUUACAUGAAUUGGGUUGACCCAAACACGUAUUAAGUUCAGUACAUGAAAACAUCAACAUUUGAACUAAGCCUUUCUACUCUGUGUUAAGGGGUGCACUGAUACAAUGUUGUUUCCUUAGACAGGAAGCUUUGCUCAGCACUUCUUCCACCUACCCUACCUGUACCUGUUCCCCACCUGUAUAAAAAAAAGUUGACGAUGACAUGAAUACAGGGCUUUCACUUAGAUCAGGGGGCUGAGGAAUUUCUAUGGCCACUAAGAACUUGACCCCAAGCUACUUUCUCAGGAAAGGAAACGGAAAACAGAACCAAAUAGAACUUCUUAACUGAUGAAUUCCCCACCUACUAAUUUUAUACAACUUGAAAUCUUAGUGACAGCCCUGUGCGUAGUUACAUGUAUGUAUUGCUUGGGGAGACCCUCUGAUGAACUAGCAUUACAUGUAGCAUUAUAUGGACGAUUAGGGGGAGAAUACUCCUGGGUACUUCAUACUAGUGCUUUACAUUACAACUGUAUUGCUCUCGUGUGACUAAAGACACUAAAAACCGCUGUAGAGAUUAAAGUUUAACUUACACUGAUGCUUUAAAAGCAUCACUCUUCAAUUUAUUGUGGGAGUUAAAGAGUGAAGUUGGCUGCUGUUAGCAAAGUGUUUUUUUUUUUUUUCCAUUUCUCUUUAAUUUAGGAGCAGCUCCUCCAAAAGAACCCCCAGCAGCCACUGCAGGUGUCUCUGAACCUAAGCCACCUGCAAAAGAAACUCCUACUGAAGAGACUCCGGCACCUUCGGAAAUUCCAACUACACCUCCACCAGGUACAGUACUAACAUGCAGAGUGAUAGCCUGGGACCAGUCUCCUUGGUGAGGAAAAGGGAAAAGGGAAAAGUCGGCAGGGGUAUAGGGAAGGGGGGGGAGUUUCUCCCUUUUGUUUUCCACAAGUUUGAAAGGACUGUAAAAAUAAUCCUUUUUUUCCAAAAAAAAAUUAUUUAAAAAAAAUAUUAGGGUCCUUAUUUUACAUUGGUGACUAGUAACAGUGAUAAAUUGGCAAACAUGAACUAUUUAAAGCUACACUGAACGAAGGAAAGGAGUCGAAACAAGGAUUUGAGUUAACACCUAGGGCGCUUUCCAUUCAACAAAAAUUCCGGUUUGAAAUUUCGGAAAUUCCACGUGCCCAAUGGAACGGUAUAUUCCGAUUCCACAGACCCGACCCAAGCCACUGCGCGUUUGGUUAUUGUCUUUGUAAGUAGGAUUUAAAAGAGCGGUACUGGGGACGACAAUUUUGUCAAAUGGAAAGGGAUAUUUCGGUCCGACCGACCAAAAUGACGAGACCGAUUAAAAUGGACCACCUUUAAAGCUGGUUUCGAAUAUUCCGGUCGGACCAAACCGAACGGGUCUGUUCCAUUUGAUGUACGAACCGAAAUUUCCGAAAUUUUUGGUUGAAUGGAAAGUGCCCCUCGGAAUCGAACUCUGGUCUUCCCGCAAAGAAGGCCGCACACUAACGGACUGUGUUAAUCCUUACUUCUUUCCCUGAACCAACCGCAAAGAAGGCACUGGGAACAAAGUCAGAGAAGUUUCCACCUCCUGUCAUUGUACUUUCACUUACAUAGUACAAGCAAGCUCUUUUUGCCCCGCCACCAGUGCGCCCCGGAGAGCUUACUCGCAGGUUAUCACUUACUAAACCAUUUUACCUAAAUGAUGAUAUUAAUUAAUCUUUGCAGCUCCUGAGGUACCUAAACAGCCAAUAGCAGAAAUCAAACCUGGUCCAGCCACUCCUAUGACCCCUAUGCCCCAGCCAAAAGGAGCUCGCUCCGUACACAAGGUAAUAUAUUGCGGGCUCCAGGUGUUCAAAAAGUGGAUAGCGCUAUCCACCUAAUAAAUCUCUAUCUAGAGGGUAGCGCAAUUGGUUACAACAAUACUUAUCUGCCGGAUAAUGAUUUGUCCCAUGGAUAUAGCCCUAUUUAUUUCAUAGGUCUCUAUCUAGAGGUUGACGCACUGAAUUGAUUACUACAGUAAUGAUCCGCUGGAUAGUGAUUUAUCCGGUGGAUAACGCUAUUCACUGGAUAAAUCUUCAUCCAGAGGAUAGGGCAAUUAGUUACCACAAUAGUCAUCCGCUUGAUAGUAAUUUAACCGGUGAAUAGUGAGCACUGUCUGAUGUUUGAGAAAUCUGGUAGUGGAAUAACUGUAGGAUACUCUGCUACUAAAGGUCUUCCAAGUUUCUUCUAAGUUUUCGAUUCCAAUUUACUCCCAAGUUAUCCCUGGAAUAGGUAGAUACGUGGAUGUGAGAUCAUUCCUUAUUAGCCCUUAUUUUGCCUUUAGUGGCUUUAGGAACGGCAAACAGACAUAUUACGUACCUUUUUUUGCUAUUCCAUUCGUAUACAGUUGAACCUCUCUACAACGGCCAUCUUGGGGACAGAAGAAAGUGGCCGUUGUAGAGACGCUUUAAACAAGAGUCAACAUAUAUGGAUGUUUUUGUCCUGCAGUUAGCGGAGGUUCGACGCAGGGUUUUCGGUAGCAUUUGGAAGUACCGGAUGCAGUUGUUUAGCUGGCGGACGUGCACUGUUCGCGCCGCUGGCGCGAACGUUGAGUGCAGGAGGCACGAACUCCUAGGGGGGUCCGGGGGUAUGCCCCCCGGGAAAUUGUUAAAUUGGACUCUCUAAAAUGCAAUUUCCUGCGUUCCCUGGACCGGAGUUGGGUAACCAGAGUUAUGAGAGGAACUAUCUCUUUUUUGUCGAUUGUGUGCAUUACAUAACUAAGUGAGUGAAAUAAGGGUCAAGUCUUUCUUUGAUUAAUAAAUGAAAAAAAAAAAACGAUUUUCACACUUAAAAAUUAAUUAUUUCGUGUGUGAACUACUAGACAUUACAUGUCAAACAACCGGACGUUGCGUCCGGCGCCCGGCCUGAAACGAAACCCCUGUCGACCUAUUUAUCUACAUGUAUUUUCCAAUUCAGGCAAAGAUGACAAGAAUGAGGCAGAGAAUAGGUCAAAGGCUGAAAGAUUCGCAAAACACUUAUGCCAUGUUGACGACAUUUAAUGAGGUAGACAUGAGGUAAGCUUGGUAUUUUUUGUUGUCAUUUUUAGCGAUUACUCGGUAAGCGCUACACGAUCCCUCUUGUGUUUUCUAUUUUGUUACAGCAAUGUUUCUGAGAUGCGAAAAAGACACAAAGAUGCAUUUUUAAAGAAGCAUGGUGUCAAACUUGGCUUCAUGUCCGCCUUCAUCAAGGCGUCCGCUCAUGCCCUGCAGAGUGAACCCACAGUCAAUGCUGGUCAGUCGUUUUUUGUAGGAUGUUUGCAUCAGUAAUAUUUCUGCUACUAAAUGCUUUUAAACUUGUAACAGAGGUAGGGGAUUUUUAGCAUUGACGGCAGUUAUACUUAGUGGUGCGUGAUUUGUUCUUUAGUGGUGCGUGAUUCGUUCUCAUAAGGGAACUUAAGCACCAGACGUUCUUGAUUCACGAACGGCAUGACUGGCCGCGCAGAACUGGAUCGGGAACGCGGUUUGCGUGCCAAAUGCAAAUCAUUAGGCAAAACAACGUGAAACAUCACGAACGCCGACAAAAUAAUUCAGUUGAAAAUGCCUUUUAAAGAUUUGCGUUAAGUUUUGUUUCUUUGUUACGAAGAAAACAUGAUUUCAGAUGAAGAAUUUCUACUUUUGUAUGACGAAUACUCUUCGAAGAACCCAGAAUUUGAACCUCUGGUGUCUUGACGUGCGCAGUGGCUGUCAUGCUGCAAAAAUACUUCCGGUUGGCGUCUGUGGUACGAAGAACGUCUGGUGCUUAAGUUCCCUAUAAUUAAACCUCCGCCAACUGCUCCGGCACCAUGUUCGAAGUGUGUGAACGACUUGUUCCAGUUCUGUGCCGUUGCUGUUCAUGCUAUACAGGAUAGCUUUUCGUGUCGCUCAGAACGGUGAUUUUAGCGUGAUUUCUGUAACGCAGCGUAUUUGCGCCGCGCCGAUCUCGACAGUACGGCGUCACAUAUCGUAUAGGUUCUGUGCCACACCAUGGUGCAGUAUAUAAAACAGGUAUUCGGACCGUAGCGGAAGUGAAUAGGGACUUUUAGCAUCGACAACGGCGACGGAAGCGAAAACGUCACUUUUAAAAUUAAUUGGCGUUUUUUUAUUACUUUGUCGCGUUUAUUCCAGUUCGCUGAAAAUGUCUAUUGUAGGCAAAUUUCCCUGGAGUUGAUUUCCUGGGAACCGCACUCAAGCACUCGUCAUCGCUUGUUUACGUCCUCCAUAAAACGUGAAAGUAGGCAUUUAACGGCAAAGAAAUGUACAAAAAAGUGUGAUGCACGUGCAGAGUUGUUGUUUUGCUCAAUAAAACUGUUGCUUUUUUGACGUUCUCGUUGCCGUCGCCGUCGUCGUCGCUAAAACUCCCUAAAGUAGGAGCGAAGGCUGGAAUUCACUAAGGCAGAAGUAAAUGUUCAGAAGUAAGGACUGGAUUUUAGUUCACCAAACUCUCUCAUCCAACCACUCCACCAGCGACGAUGUUCGAUGUGUGUGAACGACUUGCGCCAGUCCCGGGCUGUUGCUUUUCAGGAUCUAGGAUAGCUUUUCUUGCUGACGCAAAAAACCAUCCGGUAUAGUGUGAACAUAACCUUAUUCAUUGCGUAGCUAAUAGACCUUUUUGCCGAUGCGGCGGCCAUAUUGAAUUAAUUUCUCGGGAAAAAGGCGAUCAUUAUUACAUCCAAACGCAGUACAACGAUCUUUUUUCUCAUUACAAUUUUUUUUCUAGGAAAACUUUUAGAAAAACUGGCCCGAAAAAGCAUGCAUAAAUACUGAGUGAGUACAUCGGAUAGUGCUCCUGCUCCCUGAGCAUCCCAUAAUACUACUUAAAUCUAUUUAAUUCAAUAUGGCCGCCGCAUUAGUAAAAAGGUCUAUUAAAGCAGCUUCUUGAUUGUCUUCUUCCUAUUAUUUUUGCAGUAAUUGAAGACAAUGAAAUUGUGUACAGGGAUUACGUUGACAUCAGCGUUGCAGUGGCCACGCCUAAGGUACAGAACGUUUAUUCACUAUCUCUGGCCUACCAUCGUUAAAAUGAAAUCACCUAAAACAAUCACAGGCCAUUUCCUAGAUGCCCCAAGCUUCUUUUUCAAAGCGAGGCUAAGGGCCUGUUUACAUGGACGUGCGGGACCCCAGGUAGGUGAGGUAACCCGCGACGGGUCACCCCACCUAUCAUGUAGUAAACGUGACAGGCAGGUUACCUCACCUAAGCGGAUUACGUCAUCUUCCUGGGGUCCCCCAUCUCCAUCUAAACAGGCCCUAAAGGUGAUGUUACACAAGACGAUUCGCAAUGACGAUUGUUAGCACAACAAAUGGUUGCAACAUUGUUGCGACAUUGUUUUGAAUAGUUACCACAUUGUUCCAAUAUUGUAACACUGUGUUGCCGCGGAAACCGUUGUUGCGACUCGUCCAGUGUAACAUCACCGUAGGUGCAAAGUCAUCGAAAUAGAAAGAUUUAUUUUAUUCUUUAUUCUUACUCUUUUUUCUUUUUCCCAAGAAACCUUUUUGCACUUGGUUUUUGGAAAUCAGAAAUGGCCUAUUAUGCCCCAACCUUUUCUAGGGUUAACCUGAAAAUUUUCUUAGUGUUUUCUGGACUUUAAUCUUUUUCCCAGAACAAGUGAUUAAUUAUGGUAAUUAAACUAAGGGAAGUGAAAUUUCGUCUGAAAUCAUACGCGUGAGUUUAAAAUGGGACGACCGCGCAGCGCAAGGUCAAUUUGAAAUCAGAAGUAUGAUUUCAGACCAAAAUUUCAUAACACGAAGUCCAAUUACCACUCUAUUACUGGCAUUUUGGAAUCGCAAAACUCAGUAAGUAUACCUGUAUUAAGUAGCCGGUUUAACGAAAAGUGGAAACAAAAAGGCUUUUACAUCUCAUUUUGCAUUCGAAAUAGAAUUGAGCGAUAUCAUAUUGUACAAGAAUGGUGCGAUUUAAAACAGAAAUGAUGCGAUGAAGUACAGAAAUAACGCGAUUUAGAACAGAUGUGAUUCAGAGCUAAAAAUAGUGUGAUUUGUGAAGAAGUUGCUCUGCUGAGAGUCAAUCAGAUUGCAAGGAUAACAAAGGAUUUCAAACUGGAUAUAAUAAAAUGAAAUAGCACUAAUUUCUAGCAAGAAUAUUCUUUUCAAAAUUCAGAAUUACGCGAAGAUCACCGUUUGGUUAUUUUUAAGGGCCUGUUGGAAUUUGUAUCUAUUUUGUACGUACAAAUUUGCCGUCGGUUCUGUUGGAAAAAAGGUCUGUUACCUCGUUGCAGGGUCUUGUUGUUCCAGUUAUCAGGAAUGUGGAAGAAAUGAAUUACGCCGACAUAGAGAAAGCAAUCAAUGCUCUCGGCGAAAAGGUGAGUGUGUAGAGAUCCUCAGAUUUCAAAGAAUCAAUAAGGAAAAUACAUUUAUGUCAACUUCGGACCUUGGGGAUGAUACGCAACGUCUUGUGUCCUGUGUUGUCUGGACGCGUAAUUUUGCUGAGUCCAGCCUGAGAAAAGCUGCAGCUGCGUUACGUCACGUUGCCAUGGUUGAAAAUUUCUGGAUCUCAACAAAUCCGUGGUCUUGCAAUGGCCGAAAAAAAAGACGAAAAAAAAAAGACAUGUAUGACUUUCCUGUGCAUGAUUGCUCUCAGGAACAACACGGCAGCCCAUACUUUCUACCAUCGUUGGACGAUGCUGAUGUCCGUUUGUCCAUACAAACGUGACUGCUACCUUGGUAACGUGACGUCAUACGUCUCCUCUCUAUUGUCCUGAUGCUUAGCUUAGUCACGGCAGUCCACUUAUUUUGUUUAAUUUUGCGAAUUACUCGCCCUCAAUCGCUAUGGAACUUAACGUAAGCAAAGAAAUUACAUGUAAAUUACAAAAUCAGAGACCCGAGACAAACAAAUAUGUCUCCUUAGCAUUAUUUUUGAAGUUGCAAGCAGCAGGAAUCAACUUUGAAAAACUGUUAAGCUGAACAGUUUUCAAAAAUCCAAAUUUCAAUCCGUUUCAUUCUUCUUCAGUUUUGCCCAUCCGUGACAUCUGUUGUUUCUGUUAUGUUAUUUUAACCUUCCUUUAAAGUUUUCAGCCGUUAUUUUUAUGUUUCUCUUAAUUUAACGGGCAUUUUGUAAUUUCCUAAUUUGGCUGAAUUUGGUGACACAGCUCCUUUAAUGUUAGGGUGAUGUACUAGAAUGUUGAAAGAUACUUUCCCGAUGCUCGUGCCUGAGCUGCGCCGUAACCCUCAAAUGUCUAUUGCGAAGGGAUUGUCAGCGAAAAGGGCUACCGUUCUGGAAGUUGUUAAAUUUGCUUUAUUACAAGCGUUCACUUGAAAUGUGUGAUAUCUGGCUAACCCAGGUUGCGCUACCCAGUGUUCAAUUAACUAUUCAGUGGACAAGUAUUUGGAGAGACCAAAUGAUCUUUUUAGCUUGUAUUUUUUUUGUCAUUGCCGACUAUGUGAUGAAUCCCCAGUAAACUGUUUCUUUUGAAUGUCUCGCUAUCCACGUGCAUAUGCGCGCACAACGAAUGAAAAGUCAAAAGGCAAAUUCCCUCGAGAACCGUAACGUGGUCUGAAUUGGGAAAAUAAAACCUAAACUUCCCUUUGCGUUAUUCACCGGAUGGAGAUUUUUCCAGUGGAUUGCACAGAUAAAAUAUUGAACAAAAUAAGUGUCCAUCUGAGAUAGCUCUGCAUACCAUUUUACAAUGGUACUAUGAACGAGAUUCUGUUGUCCUGGUUUCGUUUCUUCUCAGGCGCGAACAAACGAACUUGCAAUCGAGGACAUGGACGGGGGCACUUUUACCAUCUCCAACGGCGGUGUGUUCGGCUCUAUGAUGGGCACGCCUAUCAUUAACCCGCCUCAGUCCGCUAUCCUAGGAAUGCAUGCUAUCGUAGACAGACCAGUAGCUGUUAAAGGAAAGGUGAGUGAUUGAAUUGUCCGACCACACUGACCUAUGAGGCCCAUUUACACCAGCGACAGUGGCUAAAGUUAAAAUUCAUCCAAAUAUCAAAAUUUCAUUUUGUAAAAUGUCGAGAACAAAUAGAGUUUCAUUUGAAUGAUGUCACACCAUAGGAUUUUUGUCCACAGACUCAAAAGGGUAGAACUACAUAUUAAGUAAAUAGUACCAUGUGAAAGUAGUGCUGAAGAAGUUUCAUUUGAAUGUUCACACCAUAGGAUUUUGUUCAUAGACUCAAAAUUUACAGGGUGUUUCAAAAGUUCGUUCCGAUUUUUUAUUCGCUCAAAUUUCACUAAUUAUUAAAAAUACCUUUUGUAAAACUUAGUAUGUUAUUUAUUAUUCAUUUAACAUUGAAUAACCGAAAUAUCGCUAACCAGAAUGUCUUUCUUUAUGUUAACCGAAAUAUCGCUAACCAGAAUGUCUUUCUUUAUGUUUUCUGACAUUUUCUAAGUGGUGAGGUAUAGAAUGUACGAGCUCCCAAAAUGUGUCUACAGACACACUUUUCUAGGCGAAGCGUAGUCACUGCCUUAGCUCGUCCAGUGAUUUGGGGGCUGGUUCUUUGUAUGUUUUCUCGUCAACGAUAAUCCAGAUGGUCUCCAGAGGGUUCACAUCAUGUGAGUUUGCUAGCCGGUCUCCCUUGCUAUAAAGUUUCCAAAUCCUGCUGACACCAUGUCUGCAUGUUCGCCGCCUUUUUCUCUUCAAGGCUUUCCAACCCUUGCUUGUCAUAUAUCUUCAUACCGUUGUGCUCGAAACUUUGAUAUUGUGAAGUUGAAGUUUUUUUUUACCUCUCUGCCUUGCAGACUUGUUACGCAUAUACUUACAGCUUUUUCGAUAACAUUUCUCGCACAUUUAAAAAAAGACGGCCAUACAGUCCUUGGUUUGUCUUAUAAAGUCUUUUACUUUCGAUCACUUGUUCACUUAUAUCAUUCAGACUUCAGUCAACAGUUUAACAAUUUCUUUGACUGAAUGGCCAGAGAACCAAAAAAAUAGAUGCCUCAGCUUUAGCGCAAACAGUGUAGGCCUUCAUUUUUGUGACAGAGUGGAGAAACUUGAAGAAAACGGCAAAAAACGAAAAUAGAUAACCUACAAAAUGGGCAGGAAAAAUAUGGCGGGAAAAAACUCGCGUACGUGCACAUUUGCGGCAAAACUUCAAAAACAUUAUAAUUUCUUCAAGUUUUAGUUUGAAAUUGUUUUUAACGGUUAUUUAGAUAAAUUUCUUUCCUGAAUCAGUUUACAUUUGCCUAAAGAAGCAUUAAAUGCUUUGCGCAAAAUACAAUUUACAAUCGGAACGAACUUUUGAAACACCCUGUAGAACUUCUUAUUACUUAAAUAGUACCUUGUAAAAGUACUGUUGAAGAGGUUUCAUUUGAAUGGUCAUGCCAAGGGAUUUUGUCCGUAGACUCAAAAUUUAGAACUUCUUAUUAAUUAAAUAGUACCAUGUGAAAGUGUUGUUGAAGAGGUUUCCUUUGAAUGAGCAAACCAUAGGAUUUUGUCCACAGACAAAAAUAUGAGCCACUUUCCAUGAUUCCAUUAUUCACUCUCGGAGUGAGAAGGUUUACCUGACUGCCUUUCCUUACAGGUGGAGAUUCGUCCGAUGAUGUACCUUGCACUCACCUAUGAUCAUCGCUUAAUAGACGGCAGGGAAGCUGUAACCUUUCUUAGGAGAAUUAAGACUUCAGUAGAGGAUCCUCACACGUUACUUCUGGACUUGUAACGCGCUGUGGGAUUGUGACUGACACAUUUAGUCAACUUACUUUUAAAUUUUUGUAUCAAGACGUUUGCGGGGAAAUACGCCAUUAUUUUAACGCCGAUCUCAAACAUGGCCGAACAAGAUAGCUUCGGAAAAUUCUUUCUUUUGAAACCAAUCUUUGUCAAGGUCUCUUAUCUCUGGUUAUUCAGUUAUGCGACACCAGUCG